UCACAUCAAGAAGUGCUCAUCUGUCUGGGCCACGUGGAGGCGGAGCUGCUCGCUGAUGCGUGCAGCGAGGAGACGCACCUGUGAGAGGCAAACAACCGUGAGUAUGCACCCGUCGGCCAGACCGUCCGAACACACACUUACGGCAUCGCUUCGCAAAUUAUCGGCAUUUAAAGCAUCCAGCCGCCAGACAAGCAGGCCAAUCUCCUGGUGAUCCACCACACCGGUCACGUACUCAAACCGUGUGUGUGUGUGUGUGUGUGAUUGCAAUCGGCCCACCUGGGGGGACUGCAUCUGCAGUUGGGCGAUGAGGUCUUGCCCGCGUGCUCGGCCGUCGAUGACUUCACGUAUCGCAUUCAAAAGCUCAUCAAACGUCUGCAUUACACAUGGACCCACAAGCAUCUGUGGUGGCCGGCGCCCUGUGGGUGGCAUCCUUUCAGUGAUCUACCUCUGGCGGAUGCAUGGCACCAUUGAAGUAUUCCGGCUCCUCCCAAUCCAUCGACUGCACACCGCAUGUGCAUACAUGGACACUCGCAACACGACUGAGCACGCUGAUUAUUGUCUUAUCCUUCACCUACCGCCAUUCCGUCGGUGUUGUCAGCGGCGGGUGGGGCGGCGGCAGCAGCAGGCCCCUCACAUGGCCAAGGAGAAUUCUGAAGAGACAGCGCCAUUAAUCGAUGCAGGAUGACCUGUCUUAACGCCUUUGACUGUCCUGCUGUGUACCCACCUGCUGGCAUCGCUCCUUGAAUGCUUUCAUGUAUCUCUUCUUGAAGGCUGUGACCCAGUUGUCGCUCGCCGAGAAGCGAUCAUCGAUGCCCAAGCGGAAGGCGAUCUUCAUCGCCUUACGCUUGAUGGCCCUGGGAGGGACAGCUGCUGGAUCCCCCUGGCUGGCCAUCCACUCUCUCAUCGGGUCCUCAAUUUGGGGAUACUUGAGUGGUGUGAUGCGCUUGUUGCUAAGGUCCGUUACCUCUAUGCUCUUCGCUCUCUGCGUCUUGAUCGAAUAGUACCACUUGUUGAACAGCUUGGGGUCCAGGCCGUUCUCUCUCGCAAACUGAGGUUUCGAGAUGUUCUCCCCACUCUCCUUGCGUCGGAUGAAUUCGUCCACCAGCCCUAGCCGCAUGCCAAUUGCCACUUUCAGUGCCCUAUAAGACGCUCUAUCAGAUACCUCCUACUUACACGUAAACACACACAGAAGGUGGAGACAAUGUGUUGCUUCCACAGUGUGUUUGGAUCUGUUGCCUCCUACAUGUGAGAACUGUGCCGUCGCGGGUCUUCUUGUGGACAGCGAUGGCGGGACGGAUGCUGUCCGGUGGUGUGAUGAUCCGUGCGCCGACCGCAUGAGGGGCAUGUUAGGAGGGAGCGCAGAGGCGUCCCAAGGGUGCUGUGCGGCAAACACACGGGUGGACAUGGAUCAGGGUACAUUCACGCAGGACAGACAACAUGAACGUUGCUGCUCACCUCUGCUUGUCCCGUCUGCCCGAAUGCUGGAGAGGGCGGCAUUGUAGCGGGGCUGAAUGUCCCAGCUGAAUCAAUCAUCUGUAGGUGGAGCGACGGCUGUGACCGUGGUUCAGCGUCCGGCUGACAGGGAGGCGCGUUGGAAGGCCGACCGAGGGGCUGCGAUGUCGAAGGGUCAGCACCGAGGACUGAGGGCACUGAGAAUUGAAAGUGACUGUCAAAAGGCGGCUGAAUGGAACAGCAGACAGAAACAUCUCAUCGGAUACAGAUCAUCGAGGGCACUAGAGCCUGCAUACUUGCGAGAAACUGUAUUCACGAGGUGUCUCCCCGCCUGCUUGCAAGUCUUCGGGCAUCGGAGCGUCCCUCCUGACCGUUCGAACACUUUGCUGCACACCACCACUCCCUUCGUGUCCCGCAGUGAAUGAUCCUUCUGGAAACGAGAAGGCAAGAGGGGUGCACAGAGGUGGCACUUCCUGUCGUCACAUUGAGUGUACCUGUCGGCUGCGAUGGUCCUGCGUUCGGAUCUGAGGGCAACCCGGAGAGGACCGUGCGGUCCUGUGGUAUGUCCGAUGGAGGGUCGCUGGGGCUGCAUACUGACAAUCAAAGCGUACAGAAAUGAACAAUGCGUUUCCCAUGGGGUGUUUCAUGGGCAGAGCACGUGUGAUCAUCACCCGAAGUCGAAGGAAUGAUGCCAUCUCGGUACUGCCUCGCUAACAUGAUCGCCUGCGCCACUUGUCCCUGGCCAUCGCCUCGGACAGGGAACUGCUUGACGAUCCCUUCCCCCACGACACCAAUGGACACGGUCCCACUGCUGUCGCCGUAGCACACCAGGAGGCCCUGAUUGAGCGGGUCGGAGGCCACCAACUUUUUGACGUGUUCUGCCAGCGCCAGAGGCUGGGUCGAAUCAGAAGCAUCUGAACAGCGGAGCAACCGGCAUUUGGAAUGCGUGUAUCUCGGCGCAUGUGGCCCACUCACUUGCAGGCCCGAUGGGCCCUCCCUGUUGCUGCUCGCGUGACUCAUCACCGUGACCAACCUGACAGACAACACAUCAUGACGGCAAGUUCAGUGGCUCAUCACGGCUCUGGAGGAGAUCCAUUGCUGCACAGUACCUGUGUUUGUCCGACAUGGCGUUGCUGCUCCUCUCGUGUGGGUCCCCUCAUCGAACGGCCCUGACUCACAAAACACACGGGAGAGUCAGGCAGGAGGCCAUGGGGCGCGACGCAUCACACUACCUGUGAGUCAACACGGCAGCAAGCACCUGUCGGGAACCCUCCGAAAAAUGCGCCAGGACGUGCGGAAGGCCUAGGGCAUCCUGAAACCGCCCCUUCUCCAGCUCGCAGAGAAAGACGGGAGAGGACGGACAGAAAUGAGUUGCCCUCCUCCGUCGGGGGGUCGGGACUCGCUCCGCGUUCC